CUGUCGUGUUCGGUGUGUCUGGAGGAGUACCGGAGACCCAGAGUGCUGCCCUGUCUCCACGUCUUCUGCGAGGCCUGUCUGGAGAAACUGGUGCGGACACAGAGAGACAAACUGAGCGCCCCGUGCCCCAACUGCCGCAAGCCGGCCCCUCUCCCUGAAGGGGGCGUGUCCAGCCUCCCUGCCGCCUUCUACAUCCAGCACCUUUUCGAGGUGAGGGAGGUCUUGGAGAAGGUGCGGGACCCGGAGAAGGCGCAGUGCGAUAAAUGCGGGGAGGGAGAGGUGAAGGGUUUCUGUCGGGACUGCGGCCAGUUCAUUUGCCAGCUCUGUCUUACCAUGCACGGCAAGUGGAAGGAAUUUCAGGAGCACGAAAUCGCUAGCCUCGACGAGGUGCAAGAAACGGCGUCGAAUAUGGUGAAACCCAAAAAGGUGAGCUCCAUGUGUUCGAAACACGCAACAGAGCCGACCAAGAUCUACUGCGAGACGUGUUACGAGUUGAUUUGUCGCGACUGCACCGUCAAGACCCAUCGCGACCACAACUACGACCUCAUCCCCGAUGCCUUCCCGAAGCACAGAGAUGUCAUCCUUGCUUGCCUACGCCCCGUCAAAUCCGAGCUUGCUAGUGUAGAGAGCACCAUUGUACAGCUGAAGGCAAGAUCUAGCAGGCUAGACGGACAGGGUAUAGAGGCAAAGGCAGAGGUGAAUGCUGAAGUAGACAAGUUUCAGGCAAUCCUAGAUGCUCGCAGAAGGGAGCUUCACUCCCAGAUAGAUGGUAAGGUGUGUCAGGGGAAGAAGGAGCUGGCAGCCCAGAUCGACGGACACGAGAUGAGGCAGGCCCAGCUGAGCAGCUGUGUGGAGUUUGUGGAGGGGAGUCUGCAGAGUGGCACACAAGAGGAGGUGCUGUCGAUGAAGAGACAAGUGGAGGAGAGGGCACGGGAGAUGGCAGACGAGUUCAAACCUCAGCAACUGGUGUUGGGUCCGGAGAAGGAGAUUAGUGUAGUGUGUGCAGACUUGAGCUCAGCAUGGCGAAAACUAGGAGAAGUGAAGUUCGAGAACGUUCAGUUUAAAGGGAGCCAUGUCAAGACCAUUGGUGGGAUCAACAAACCACGUCACAUUGCGUUUGCCAAAACUGGUGAAAUGGUUGUUUGUGAGCGGGGUUCUAAUUGUAUGAAGGUGUUUGACAGCAAUCACAGAGAGCUGCGAUCAUUUGGACACACAGGACCAGAGGAAAGCAGACUUGACAGACCGCUAGGAGUAGCCAUCUCUUCUGAUAACACAGUGUUUGUGGCUGCCUGCCACUGCGUGAAGAAAUUCACUCUUGAGGGUCGGUUCAUAGCAUCAGUGGGUUCAGAGGGAAGUGGACAACUGCAGUUCAACACACCAUGGGCCAUAGCCUACAACCACACCAACAACAGAGUGUAUGUCUGUGACACUAACAACCAUCGCAUUACAAUCCUCAACCAUGACUUGACAUUCCAUAGCAGCUUUGGUAGUAAGGGAAGUGAGGCAGGUCAAUUCAACAAGCCUGAUGGAAUAUCUGUCAGUAGAAAUGGAAAUGUAUUAGUAGCUGACUUUAGCAAUAACACAGUUCAGAUUUUUGAUGCCAUUGGACAAUACCUAUCAUCCAUAACUAACACUGGAGCAGGAGAGAGACUAGGACGACCAAUCAGUGUGGCAGUUGGACCUGAUGACUGGGUGUAUGUGCUUGAAUUCAGCUGUGACAGAGUAUCAGUAUUUGAUGAGAAUGGCAAGUACAUCAAGUCAUUUGGGAAGGAAGGGGACAAAGAUGGAGAGUUCAGUUGUCCAUUUGCCAUAGCUGCCAGAGAUGUACGCUACCUCUAUGUCCAGUGA